AUGUCUCUUACCGACUCUGAGCUGGAGCUGGUCAGCUCACAUCUACAAGGCGAAAACGACGAUAUCCCAGAGGAGCCCGAUAUGAUGCAGUCAUCCGACGCUGAAAACGGCCAGUCGUUUGUUCCUCCACCACGGAUCGCCGCACGCUUCUAUCGCCAUGCAAAUAAUCGUCGCAAGUCGUCUGCCACGUCGUCGCGCCGAAAUUCGCUGUCCUCGACACAUUCGCAUACAUCAAACCGCUCGUUUCGCAACAGCUGCCAGAGCCACCAUGUAGCCCAGCACCUCCGCCGUGCCUCUAUACUCGAAGACCGCAAGGCGCGAUUGGCAGAUCGUGCAGCGCAUGCUGAGCAGGUCCGGUUGCGUGCUGCAUUGGCCAAAGCUACCCCGCGUGGCUCCAAUAGUGAAGAGCGGGCGCUGGCAGCACAGCAGGCUCGCGAGAAGCACCUGGCCCAGGUGGCCGCUGCCUGUGCUGAGGAAGUGAGGAGGGCCAAGAAGAUUGCAGAAGACAUGAAAGAACGCAAGGCGGCUGAAGAGCGAAGAUACCGCGUGGAAAUGGAGGAGAAGCUGGCAGAGGCCGAGAAGCGGAGGCUGGAGUACAAGCGCAACCCCCGCCGCCCACGCACUGCUAGCUCGCCCCCAGGCGACGUCAAGAUACGCACCGAGCGCCCAAUCGUAUCCACUGAGGAAGCAGCAAAGAGGAUCCAGGGAGCCUGGAGGGGCAAAGUUAGGAACAACAUUGUCACAGCAUGGCUCCAGCUUGGUCUGUCCAUUGAGAUGGUCCAAGAAACCAGUUUUGACGUCAUCACGGGUAUGCUCGCAGACGAGAAGCUACUCAAGACGACUGAGAGAAUCAUGACUCUGUUCGUGCUACUCCCAGAUGCCGACCCAGCCUCCCGCAGCGCAGCCGUCAGGACGUUCCUCUCUGCAUACCUCAUCUUAGCACACCCUACACACGUCUUUAGCCGAGAUGGCGACCAGGAGCAGGACCUCAUCACCAAGGCCAAGGACCUGGUCAUCAGCUUUGAGUCUGCUUUGGCAAAACUAACCAAGCUCAACUCCUACACCCCGUCACCAACGCGCACAGAGACGGUACUCUUGGCCCAUGGCGCCUUCGUUACCGCUUUCAACGACUGGAAGGCGCGUGAUUCUUCGGCCCUCAUCGAAACCAUGGUUGCGUCGUUUGUCAGUCUCGACGAGAUAUGGCAAAGCGUCAAGGAUGCGACAGUCGAUGAGGUCGCCAAUGAGUACAGGAACGGCAUUCGGGAUAACCAGGCCAUCCUGCUGAGUAGGAUCAAGAAGUUGGCGGGGCCCGACAAGGCCCUCACUUUGAUCAGAAAGGCUAUACGCGAAAGCCGAAGCCUGAGGCCAAAGAAGAAGCCUGCUGGAGAGACCAUUCGGCCCCGCGUUGCAAGCGGCUCGACUCCAGACUCUCCACUAUCAGCCGAAAGUGCAGCCAAACAGGCCGAGGCUGCGUCAGAACUCGCUGCUUCUGGACAAUCAGAGCUUCAGGAUCCUACUGCCCAGGGCCAUCAGGCCCAGUCGCUGUCAAAGGUCUUUACCGUCGUACCAGACAACCGUAUAUUAGUCCACGAGCUAUCGAUCGAUAAGGAAUACCGUAUCGAUCCAUCGCCCACCGCCGACCUUCGCGAUGCCCUCAACCGCGAACUUUGCGACGCCAUGCGGAGAGGCUUCGAGGAGGGCGAUAGCGCCAACUGGACUGUUGCCAUGGCGGAGAACAUACGAGGCAAGCUGUUGCGACUCUUGAAGCCUGGCAAUUCCAUGCACACCCUCAUUUCUGAGACACUGGAUCCAGAGCACGUCAGCAGGCAAUGCAGUCAAGGUGUCUUCUCAUACGGGAAAUUCUUUGAUUUCAUUGCUAGCAUCCUGCCUAAGCUUUGCGCACCCUUUAGAGAUACCGAAGUGCAAUCGCUCGCGGAAGAGCUACAGGAAGAGGGUGAUGUACCAAGUAUGAUUGAGAAGCUUUUCAAGGUGCUUCAUAUCAUCGAUCUUCUCUCGCUAGACUACUCCAACUUCCUCCUGAUGAACGCUGCGCCAACACUCAUCAAAGAGGCUGUCGGCUACGAGCAGCGCAUGUUUACCCAAGACCUCGAGGAGAACAAGAUCACUCUCGACCGCACCCGCCGCUGGUGGCGCAGCGCAGCAGUAAACAUGCACACUGAAGCCGACCGCCGCGAUCCGUGGAGCCAGGCAAACCCAAUCAACCGCCCCACAGCGCAUAAGAUCUAUGCUCGUGGUCUGGUUGACCUCGCAAUCGCCACCCCACCUCUUCGCAAUUCUGAGCUACCAGAAACCCUCGAGUUAGACAGGGCACGCAUAUCCCGCAUCCGCGAAGACGCCCUCCGCAUCACCACCAUCGGCGGCAUCUUGCUCACGGCGAAGAACCUACUCAAGCGCGACGUGCGCGCGCAGUGGAAGUCCGAAGCUAGCAAGAUGUGGUUGGUACUAAAGGAGAACGGAUACAUGUCCGACCCUUCCACUCCCAGCAAGAUCUCUUCUCUGCUAGAGUCUUCACGCAACAUGCCACCUUCGACUCGCUCCCAGCUCUCCUCCACAAUCACGAGGUUGCUCACCCAAGCCGAAGCGGGGAAACUCUCUGACCCCGUUAUGAAAGUCCUCUUCCAGCGCCUCAAGACGCACAUCUUCAACCGCGUAAGCGCCAGCAGCUCCGGCGAGCGCGUCAAGGCUGCUAGCACCGCGACUGAGGGCCUUGCUACUACCGGUCUGCCAGAGUUUGUGAGCCAGGUUGCUUUCAUCUGCGAGCAGCUUGGUAAGCUGGGCGAGGUGGAUCGCAAGUGCCAUGGCAAGUGGUACGAGGAGAUUGCAGAGGAAAUGGAGAGGUUGGGCAUUGAGGGCGGCGAAGAACUUACGCGCUCGUUGAGUACGGAGAGUGAUGCUGCUGCGUCGACGAGCUCGGGCUCGUCGUCUGUGUAAGAUGAUGAUGAUGAUGAUAUGGUGGUGGUUUUGAUUGGAUUGUAGACUUGACUGCAACUUUUCUUUGGCGUUUUUACUCCUGUUUUUCGUUUCAGUCUUUCAGCUUUGGUCUGAUGGCAGUAUAUCCAUUGUUCAUUCUUUUUUUCUUUUUCGCUCUCGCGCGCGCUGGUCUUGCUUGGUCGUUACAUUCUUAGGUCUCUGUUCUUUUUGCAAGGCGCUGGGGGAGAAUCUUCUUCCGAUUCGGUUUCUAGUUUCCUUUGCUAUGGGGGUUUCAUGAGCAUAUACGAAUCGCUCCAGGGUUCUUCCUAUCUUGGUUGCUGGUUUAUCUUAUGGGGGACUAUGUCUACCUAUUGGGUAUAUACAUAUCACUGGACUGGCUUGUUAGCGAAGGGCAACGCGCGCCAGGUGAGCGAUGCAAUACACAUCUUCUCU